AUGGAGGGCGUGGUGCCGUUUGCGGCCGCGUCGGCUUUCGAGCCUGGUGAAGAGUCUGUUUCGAACUACUUUUCGCUCCGCGCCUUCACAACUGCUUCAUACCGUGACGAGCCGGAGGCGGCACCUGCGUCGGAGCCUGCCGCGGCAUCGCCGCCUCGUCGGGAGGCGUCGGAAGAGUCGCCGGAUUCCGCGGGGGAGGGCAAGAAGGACUCUCAGGCGCGCAAGAUGUCUGCUCAAUCCCUGGCAGCCUUCUUCUCGUUGCCAGACAUGCCGGCGCUCUCGCCGUCCUGUUUGAUUCCUGCGCUGACCUCCCUGGGACUCCUGGGGGGCUCGGCGGCGGCGGCGGACAGCGACGGCAGUCCGCGCGUCGCGUCGGCGUCGCCUGAGAGCGGCUGCGCGGCGGUGCCAGCCGGCCGUCGCUCGCUGCUACUCCACGGCCUCGUGGAGAACUCCGUCGCGGCGUUCCUGGGCCGCGAUGAACUCGAACAGGACGUGCCGCCGCACGCGCCACCGCACGCGCCGCCGCCAGUCUGUCUGGUUGUCUGCGUCCACGGCCUCGGCGGCAUCGGCUCGGACUUCAAGUUCACGGCUCAGGUCCUCAACAGACGCGCUCCCCACAUCAAAGUCCUCGUCUCCAGCUCAAACACCGGAAAAACUUUUGACGGCGUCGAGCGCGGCGGCGCCAGACUCGCAGAGGAGGUCAGACAAGAGAUCGCGCGGUACCCCUCGCUCCGCUACAUCUCUCUCAUCGGCUUUUCUCUCGGCGGUCUUUACAUGAGGUACGCUGUGCGGCUCCUGUACUCGCCGGCGACGGGGUCUGCGCCUCCGACCGUCGGCGGCCUGCGUCCCUUGUGCGUGGGGACUGUUGCGUCUCCGCACCUCGGCGUGCGUCGCUUCAGCUACCUGCCGCUACCUGACGCCCUCGUGCGUCCGUUGGUGUCCUCCUAUUUCCGCAUCACGUCGCACUUUCGCGCGAAAAACCAAAUUUCGGCGCCCUCCUCGCCUUUCUCGAGGCGCUCGACGCCGUCGUCGUCCUCCUCGUUCGCCCGCGGCGACAGCAUCUCGAGCGAAGAGGCGGAGGUCGCGCGGCAGACGCGUCUGUUCUGUGAGCAGGCAUUCCUCGAGGCGCGUGAGAAAGAGCGAGACGCGGGCGAGCGAACGACGGCCGCCGAUACCACGGAGGUCGCGACCGCGACGUCGGCGAGAAGCGACGAGGGGGAGGGAGAGAGACGCGCAGAGGAGAAGGAGGAUGCGAGCGAUCUGCGGAGGGAGCCGAGCAACGAAGAGACUGAAAUCUUCCAGGAGGUGGAGGCCCUUGAGGAGGACGCCGCUGGCAAGGGCCUGGGACGUCUGACGGAGGGCGACGCGAAGCAUGAGCCAGCCGGGUCGGAGGGGGGAUUCGACUGGGGUCGUCUCUCGCAGCUCCACGAGAGUCGCACGCUCGCCGACCUGAUGCUCUUCUCCGAACGCGAAUACCAGCGCGAGUUGAACGAAAUCGAGAAAAACAUGAAAAACGGCAAACCGCUCGCCUGGCUGUGGUCGCGGAGCGCAGCGGGAGCGGAGGACAAAGGUCACGACGGAGACAAAGGAGACACGCGAGACGCCGACGGCGCGUCAGAAGGCGAAGUGCCGCAGGAAGAUGACGAGCCUCUCCUCGUGCAAAUGUCCAAAGGCGUCUUUGUCGAUUCUCUCAAGGUCUUCACCCACAGGCGACUCUACGCGAAUGCCAGAGGAGAUGUUCUUGUUCCUCUGGGCACCGCGGCGAUCGACCCUUCGCUGCCGUCGAACCCUGAGCUGCAGCGGAUUCUCCAACAAACGCGGCGAAGCAUGAUCGUCGGCGCAGGCCGCGUGGUCAUGGUUAGUCACCCGGGGACACCCCCCAGGUUCGUCUCGCCGUCGGCGACGUGCGAGGAGGCGUGGUCGUCUGCUGCGUUGUACAACUCGGACGUCUCGCGCCCGGUGUUCCUUUCUCAGCAGUCUACGCGCUACCUCUCGUGUGCAGGAAGCCCGCUGAUGCGCCCAGGUAGUUCACUGUCGCUCUCCGCCUCUGCGCCGCACCUAGCGCUCUCUUCCUCCUGCUCGCCCGCCUCGUCGCGCGCGUCUUCGCGGUGCGCGUCACCUCGUCACAACCUCCUGUCUCCGCGGCAGGCGGGCACUUUAAACGGUCGCGAGGCCCAGAGGGAAGAGGGGGACGGCGCAUGCGAGGAGGAGGCGUUUGCGGACUGUGUCGCAGAGGAGGCGCUGACGGCGUCGGCCGACGCGGGCGCGGAUCUCUCGCACUCGAGGUCUUCGGGCUCGUUUUCCUCCGCGUCUUCGCUCUUCGCCUCCUUCAGACAGGGCUCCAGCGCGGCCGCCCUCAACUGGCGCGAAUGGCUGAAGCUGAACACGCACGGGGAAACGGAAGACGAGAUGGCGACUCGCCUCAACGAAGUGCAGUGGACCAAAGUGAUCGUAGACUUCCCCACCUUUGUCCCCGUCGCCCACGACAGCAUCAACGCUAGCGGGAAAAGUCGAUUUCGAACAUGGGUCACUGCGGGAGGUCGCCCGAUUGUGGAGCAACUCGUCGACUGGCUGGUGUCCUCACUAGACGACGCGCUCGCGGCAGACCGCCUCAAAGAAGGCGAGCCAAUCGCAUCGCGAAGAGAAUUUUAA